AUGGGCCCGAAGACGGUGUGUCGCCAGACUCCCCAAGAUCCGAUCAUUUGGCCGGCGAACCAUGUUGACCGGGUGUUGACCAUCGCACACGUGUGCCACGAUCCACCGCCCUGUCAACUGCUGCCUUUGAGCACGCCGCUCACCCGCGAAGACUGUCAGAAGAGAUGCAUGGAGUUUGAGAACUGCCGUGGAGUGGAGUACCGCCAUUCCGAGGAUCGUUGCGAGAUCCUGGCGCGGCCGACCGAGUGGUUCAUCGACAACACCAAGCACCGAACGGUGGGAGGACCCUUGGAUUUCGAGUGUUGGCUCUACAAGCCAACUUGCGAUGUGCUGAUCCAGCUGCGUGAUCACGGCGCUCAGUCACCGACGUUUGACUGGGCCUGGCGCGUUUGCUUCGGGGAAGAUGACGUCGGCCGACGGCGCAUCCACCAUGGCCAACGUCUGGAGGAUGCGAAAGCGGCGCCGGAUGGAGAGCCGAGCCUGAGCGGAGCCGACCCGGUGGAAGCGACAUCCCGGCGGAGUGGAAGGUCCACGGUCUUCGUGUCCUUGGAGCUUCAAGGUGGUGGCAAGAAACGAAAGAAGAAGACGUACACCAAGCCCAAGAAGAUCAAGCACAAGCGCAAGAAGGUCAAGCUUGCAGUCUUGAAGUUCUACAAGGUGGACUCCAACGACAAGGUGACUCGCUUGCGCCGCGAGUGCCCGGACGAGCGCUGUGGGCGUUUUGGGACCCCUGAACGGUUACAGCGAAAAGACUUCGUGUCGACCCUCGUCGGAGAGCGAAAAGAAGUCCACACGAGCUACAUUGACCUAUCAGUGACGCCGGGAAGGCAGUAUCACGACCUGGUGAGUUCCGUCACCCGUUUCGGCGCGGCAUGUGUGAAAGCACCAGACUGGCCACGUUUCAGCACCUCAGUGAAGGAUCCGGAUCUCAUGGCCACCGGGAGUCCAUUCUCUUCUUCCCUUUGGCCCCUGGGCUUCAAACUCCCUGUGGCUCGAGAACCACCCCAAAGGUACACCAACAUCAAUGGUGGCUACGAGGACGCGCAGACGCGGUGGAGAGGGGCGUUUGGGGUCGGAUUUGGGGUCGGAUUAGGUCAACUGGAGGAGGCAAGUUCUUCCUUUACUUCAGCAGACCUUCCCUCACCUGCCGAACUUGUGGGCAUGGCCCAGAUCAGGAGCCUGCUCUCAGAUACGGCGGAUUUGCUGACGCAAAGGGGUAGACGCUGUGCUUCGUACCAUGGCGGUGAGCGGGGUGCCCAUGGUGGGAAACCAGCCUUCCGGAGGUCGGACUUCGGUGCGGAAGGAAGCACCCCUGUCUUGCUCUUCCAGAUCCCACCACGGAUCCAGAGUGCUCUUCCCCGUACGACCGCCUUCUCUCCUGUCGCGGUGAGCAGACGAAGGACCACGGGAGAUGCCUGGAUCUUUCAUCAAGAGGGUCUGAGCCGAGGCACCUGGCAUUUUGGACCCUCCUUGCCCCACGGCGCUGGGGCUGCGGUGCACUUCUCGUUCGGGACCCUCGUUCCGCGGGCAUCGGACGAGCGCAGCUUGCAGCUCCCAGAGUCCGUGGACGCGGCGCGCGACCCGGUGGCGGCCAGCUGGCCGUCGGAGUGCCUUGAGAAGGUGACAGAGCAGUCCGGUUGCGCUUCGGAUCCGCUCCGACGGGCCAAGGACUUUCCGCCCUCGGCCAAAUCGAUUGGCAAUUUGAGCUGCAAGGCUGAGUGGGUGCCCGUGAGGCCACCGAACGUGGGGGGCGACGCAUCAGGCACGUUCGGUGGGACAGUUGACAGACGCAUCGAUUCAGCAGAUUUUGCAGCGCCGUGGAUUGCACUACUCGCCUUGUACCUACAGGAUCCUACAGUGCGGGGGCAUGUUGCAGAGCGCCACUUCUCAUCAGCUUCCGUCCGAAGAUCGAGCGAGGACGAUCGAUUCCAAGAGGUAGACCAGCAAGUAGCAAAGUACUCAGUUGUAGAUGGUUUGCUGAUGGGAAUGAGGCAGCUGCGCGAGGGCAAUUGGCAGCUCUUCGAUGCCGACCGAGACAGACCGAGCGCGAGAUUCCGCGUCCUGGACGGGCGGAAGCGUUUCAACGAUUUCAACCGCUUGGUCGUUUUCCCCAGCUGCCGGUUCGGUGGCCGCUGGGCACAGAGGCGCUUUGAGCAGGAGGAAGAUCAGCUGACCCUUCGGCAAAACUUGGAUUUGCUCGUGCGGCUGGGCGGACUGGCACCUUCGGUGCACGACGCGCGGCUCCAGCGCUUGGCGCGCGAGGUCCUGUCUGGCCGCCAUGACUUGUCCUUGAGCGCCCUAGUGGACGCCACGAAGGCAUUGCAUGAGCUCGGUCUCCGCCAGGAGUUGGGACCUUUGGUGUCCAUGGCCACUGAAAGUGCCGACUUCUUGUCAGGCACACGGUGCUCCAGGACCCUGGCCAUUACUCGCCACCUGGGUCGAUUGGCACCAGAGGUGGAUGAACGAGCUGUCUUCAAGCUCUUGGGCGAGCAUGUUCAGGCAGAGAUGUUCACCGCAGCACCGGAGGAGCUCUCGGAGGCGCUGCUGGCGAUCGCGGUCUUCUGCUGUCGCCGUGGACACUCACUGCCAGACCCUGCACUCGAAGCGCCUUGGCACCCGGAGGUCUUUGCCUCGGCCGGGCGUGCGCUGAGCGCCCAGGCCUCUGAGCUGAGCGGGAAGGUCUUAUUGAAGUCAUUGAGGGCCUUCACUUUGUACUUGUCGGAACCUGCAAGGACUCAUCCAGGCGAAGUACUCCAAAUCGAAGGCGAAGAAUGCCAUCCAACGCGACCAGUGGUGGAACACUUGCUCACCGCAUUGGCGCAGCGUGUCCAUGAGCUGUCGGCGCAUGCUUCCGUACGUGCGCUGCACUGUGCCUAUUGCCUCGAGGAGAAGGGGCUGUUCAGUUCAUGGACGGUGGGCGGAACUGCGGAGCGUCUUGGCGGGCGGCUUCCGGGGGCGCGAGGCGGAGCUGUCUGCGAAGGAUUUGGGCUAUGCCGUGCAGGCCACGGCGACCUGGGACCCGGACUUCUGCGCCAAGCUCCUGACGGAGGUCAUGCGCCAUGUCUUGGUGCUGACGCCACAGGACGCCUUGCGGUGCCUCCGGGCGGCGCGGCGUGUACGACCCCAGCUCAGGCCGGGCGCAGCAAUGGAAGUGAUCGAGGCAGAGGUGCUCCGUGGCCUGCACGCCUUCAGCGGAUCGGAGCUGUGCGAUGCUCUGCAGAGCUUCGUGCGGCUCAAAGCGCAGGAGCCGGAGCUUCUUCAGAGUCUGGGAGAGGCCUUCAGCAUUCAGCGCAACAGCAUGGCCCCGAAGCAGUUGAGCUCUGCACUGAUGAGCCUCGCCAGGUUGCAACUCCGGGAGGGGCCUCUCUUCAACGAAGUGGUUCCAGAGAUCGUGCGUGA